CCGAUGGAGGGGCUCGGCGAGCCGGGGCCGGCGCCGUUCGUGGCUAAGACGUACGAGAUGGUGGCGGACGCAGCCACUGACGCUGUGGUGUCGUGGGCAGACCGUGGGAGCAGCUUCGUGGUCUGGGAUCCGCACGCGCUCGCCGCCGCCGUUCUCCCCCGCUUCUUCAAGCACGCCAACUUCGCCUCCUUCGUCAGGCAGCUCAACACCUACGGAUUCCGAAAGGUCAAUCCAGGUCGGUGGGAAUUUGCGAAUGAAGCCUUCUUAGCUGGUCAGAAGCAUUUACUGAAGGACAUCAGGAGGCGACGUCCUUCCAAGCAUCAGAUGGAAUCACAACUUAGAAAUGGAAAUGUUUGUCAUCGACAGCCUGAAUAUCUCAAUGAGGUUGAUAGUUUAGAGAGAGACGGUGCAGCUCUAAGAGCAGAAGUUAUCACACUUAAGCGGAAAUAUGACAUCUGUAAAUCUCUGCUCAUUGCCAUGGAGCAGAGGGUCCUAAACAAUGAAAGGAAGCAACAGCAGAUCAUCACUUUCUUUGCCAAGGCACUCAGUAACCCAGUCUUUGUGCAACAGAUUUUUCUCAGUUGUGCAGAUAAGAAAGAGCUAAGAAACACCACAAAAAGACAGAAGCUGGUGGAAAAUGAAGAACAGCAAGUUGUCGAUGCGCUAUUGAAGAAGAGUACGACUGCAGGUAGCAGUGACUGUAGCACAACUGCGAACGAUCAGCCUCUGCCCAAGGGGAGUGAUCAGAACAUAGGCGACAUGUGCGAUGAUGUAUGGGAAGAGCUGGAUGCAAUACCUGGAACUCAAAUUAAGCAAGAAGGCAAGGGUGAUAUCGGCAUCGAUAUUGAGGAGUUCACCGGAAGGACUUGUGGUUGGGUUGAUGACUGCCCAUAUCUGGUUGACCCAAUGCAGUUUGUGGAACACUAG